UCUUCUGAAGGCAUUAUGGUUACACCACCAUUGGUUCUUUCCUCCAUUCUGACCCCACGUGAAUUCCAAUAGUUUUCGAAAACUCUCCAGUUUUGUGUACGUUAUGAAUCGUAUGAAGAUGUUGUUUACCUUCGAUUUUAACGGUGGCGUUUUGAUUAUUUAAUUGGUGGGUUUUAAUGUCUCGUGUUGUUCCAUUUAAUUAAUCGUGAGAAUGUAUUUGUCUGGUGAGGAGGGAAUUGAUUGAUCGUUAGUGUAGGUUUUGAGAAUUUAUUUGUUUCGAAAAAUGGAUAGGUCUAUAUUUUAUGACACUGCGAGAACCACUGGCUCCUUGAAAACACCUGGGAUGCAGAGGAUUCGAGAGUAUUUUAGUCUUGGAGCUGUGGAGCCUGAGGAGAGUGAUACUGCGGAUAUUGCAGAAUCUGUUGAUAUACUGCUCAAGCAGACCUGGAACAUCUGGGGGGUUUCUUCUCUCUAUGGCCUCCAACAAGACAGCGAAGUCCAAUUGAAACUUUAUGGGAAGAAAAUGAGAGAGGAAGUCGCUGCAAUUCUCCCACACGAAGAUGUUACUUACGAGGCUCAAUUUUCCAUUGUUGAGGGGAUCGAGAAGAGACCGAGUGCUUCUGAUCCGAUUCCUCUACAGAUAACUGUCCACGCAAGUCCUAUCCGGACAAACGUUCCCGAUCAAUCUCAACAACCAGAGAAAACCGAGAAGUGCAUUUACGUGGGGAUAAUGCUGUCAUGGAGAACAGCUGUGAACGAACUGGAGUACGAGAAAUCAGUGAGAUUACCUCUGCUGCUGUGCAGAGGGACCAAGAGUGCCAUGAAAGCUGUUCAUAUGACUCUGGGGAGUAUGUUUGAUUGCCAUGUUGUUGCUCUGCCUGCUACUGAGGACGACCUGAAGUGGCUGGUGCCAAUUGUCCUCCAGCCCAGCCACACAGAUGAUCCUCCACAGAAGGGAGAGGCCAGAUUGGAGUACAAGGUUCCUGGAUUGCCUAUUACCGACAGUAUUUCGAUCAAGUUCGAAGUGGCUGAUUUGACGAAGAUGUGGACUGUAGUUUCUAAAGAAGAUGCAAAUGACUCCAAUGAAAAAAUCAGCUUUCGGGCUCAGCAUAUUGAGAGAUUUUACGAAGUCCUGAAUAAACAGAUGGUGCACUCCGCUGGACUCCAGUUAGGCCUUUGUAAAUUACAUAAAAUAAGUCUGCCUUCAUUUACGAUAAUGGAUAAUAAGAUGAAAGUCUCGUCUGCUGAGGUCAUGUCAAAAGUUCUACUAUUUUUCAACGAGAAAGCUCUGGAGAUACUCCACCUCCUGAAUUUCGAUACGACAGUCUCGACCAGUGGAUAAAUCCCCACUGAGAUAUUCUACACUAUAACAAUAAAAUCUAUUUUAUUCUGACGUAUAGUUUUUGUACUUUCAACCUAGCAGAUGCUCAAUAAAAAUUCAAUAAUUAUA